AUGCUCAAAGAACUCAGGAGAAGAUCGGCUCUCAGCCCCCUCAGGAAGGGGGCGCUGGGGCUUCCUUGCGUCCCGGACGCGCGCUGGUGGCCGUUCCCGUGGGGGCUCCGCGCCCCGAGCGCCAGAGGCGGGGCCGCGCCGUGUGCACCCGGGGGAGCUCGGAGCAGGGCAGGGCAGGGCCGGGCGGCGACGUCCGGGCACCAGGUUGUGGAGGAGGCCGUGAAGAGACCAGAAGCGCCACUGGCCUCGCCCGUUCCGGCGGCCGUUCUCACGGAGAGCGGGGUCGGCCCGACGGCCAGUCGAGGGCACAAACGCCAGAGCGUCGGAACUGGCCGGGACCUGGCGGCGCUGUGGAGGAGGCUGGUUCCGGUGGACGGAAACCCCGAGCCUGCCGAGAGGGACCUGGGGAAGAGCGAUUCCCAACAGCCCCCAGAGGACGCUCCUUCGGCGAAGGAGGCGAUGGAGGGGCACGGCCACGCACACCGCGCAGCCCGCAGAGACGGAUUGCACGGCCGCGAGCACAGACCAGAGCUGCACAGACACCCCUCAGAGCUCGUGAGGCCCUGCCACGGGUCCCACGGCCGGGAGAGGGGCGAGGACAGACGGCGGUGCCGCGGGGGUUCCCCAGUUUAUUCUUCGGGGCGGGGAUCAUCUGGUUACAGCUGGUCUCCUCCUCAGUCUAGCCGUCCUUGUCUGAUGUACGGGGACUGUCACAGACGCCUGGCGGAGGCCCGUGUUGCACAGCAGAGGCCUGGAGAAGGCCCCUCAGAUGCCUCUCGGGCCAGACUGGACCGCCGCCUGGGUGCACCCCAGGGGAGAGGGGCUGGGAGUCUAAGCAGGGGACACCAGCCUCCCCACAGGGACAAACGCCUGGUCUGUACCAAGGGACACGAGAAGUCCUCUGCUUUGACCAGACAAAAAUCAGGCCUGGCCUUCUCAGAGGAAAGGCCGCGGUCUCUCCCCCGGAACAGCGCAAACGAGAAUCCGCCCUCUAGUGGUGUCGAGAAAGAGAAGGAAAGAGAGGGUCGCGGCAUCCAGGUUUUACCUCCCUUCAGACAAGCUUCAGACCUUAAAAAGCGAAAGCACGAAGACUCCGAGAAAAUCAAACCGGACAAAAACAAGCAGCGUCUCGACCGCUUGGACAUAGCAGAGGGGACAAGAGGCCUGUUACCCAAGGUGAAAGAGAAGGUUUCCAAUAACCAAAAGAUUCAAGAAGGGAAAGUAAGACCUCCUCAUUUGGAUGGAAAGCCUGAGGGCUCCCUCCCUAAAGGUGAGGAGGUGGAUAUGGAUAAUGAAUUCAAGCCGCCCACCAUGUCUUUUGAGUCAUACCUCAACCACAACCAGCCUAGGGAGAAAAAGAAAAAGAUUAUGAAAACUUCAGCCACUGCUCUUGAAGAAAAAGGACCUAAAAAAUAUGAUUCAAGUGAAAACUUGGACUUGGUUCAGGAACUACCUAAGGUGAAUGAAAACAGAUCAGAGAAGCUGCAGCCCUCUGGAAACGUCUGGGCCAAGCUGGAAAAAGUCCCCACUGAUGCACCAGUGUGGCCGGACCUCCCAUUACCCAGGGUCCAGGCCAAUGACCGUCCACUUCUUGCCUCUGGAUUGAUGUCCUCCUUACGACCAAAGCAAAAAGCACUGUCUUCACCCCAGGAAGAGGAAGAAGUUGGAUUUACUGGACACAGAAUGAAUUCUAAGAUGCAAGUGUUUUCUGGCUCCAAGUGUGCCUAUCUUGCCAAAAUGAUGACCUUGCGCCAGCAGUGCAUCUGGGUACAAAACAACAUCAAUUCAAUCUUUAAAGUGGGAGGAGUCCCAUAUUCAGUUCUUGAACCCAUCUUGGAGAGCUGUACACCUGAUCAGCUGUAUCGCAUAGAGAAAUACAAUCAUGCAUUAGUCCAAGAAACAGACAAAUUAUGGAAAAUUCACUCUCACCAAAACUUUAGGAAAGAAAGGCCAAAAGAGCACGAGACAUGGCGAGAGAUGUACAUGCGGCUUCAGGAUGCUCGAGAGCAGGGGCUUCAAGCACUGACAGUGAAUAUCCAAUCUGCACGAGCCAAUAAGCCCAAAGGCCAACAAGCAAAGAUGAUCCUUCUCAACUCUCUGGCCAGGCCACCUUCUGACGUUCGAAGGAGGCAGGAGAAGUUUGAAAUAGGAGAAGCAGCUGCCCCUGAAAAAGUCAAGAUCAAACCAGCCCUGUACCCCACAGGAACCAUCCAUACUCCCUCCAGCAGAAACAGCCUUAACCUCACCCAUGAGGAGCCAGCCAGAGCCUGCUCAAGCACCACCAGUACCCACUUGCCGCGAGUCGUCUGCAGCAGGAAACCUGCAAAGAAAAUCACCCCCAUUAUGGCCAAGACAAUUAAAGAUUUCAAGAACAGGUUCUCCCGACAGUAA